AUGGGAAGUAAUAGUGCUGAACACAUUCCCAUGUGCGAGCAAAUUGAAGGGUCUGAAACUACUGUUGAGAUAAAAAUAAAAACAUUGGAUUCACAAACCUAUACUCUCAGGGUGGAUAAACAGAUGCCAGUUCCCGCCUUGAAAGAGCAGAUUGCCUCUGUCACUGGUGUACUAUCUGAGCAACAACGACUAAUAUGCCGAGGAAAAGUUCUAAAGGAUGAUCAGCUUCUCUCUGCCUAUCAUGUUGAAGAUGGUCACACCUUACAUUUGGUUGUCAGGCAACCUGUCCUACCAUCAUCCGAGGGAUUACCAAAUCAUCCAGGAACUGAUCCGGCUUCAAGUACAAGCCGUGGUCAGCAUCAAGUUGCCCCUGGUGUGGUUAUUGAAACUUUCAGCAUGCCUGUUCAAGGGGAUGGUUUUCCACCAGAAAUCAGUCGGAUCAUCUCUGCCAUUCUCGGCUCUAUAGGAUUACCAAAUAUUUCAGGUGGCAGUGAAGGGAUUGAAGUCAGGGAACAUGGGCCACAGAGGCCAGAAAGGACACCAGGUUUGAGUGGUAUGUUUGAUUUUUCCCAAUUUCAAUCUGAACAAGCUGGCCCAAGGGGUCCCUCUGAUAGAUCAAAUGGGACUUUUGGUCAUCCAACAGAUUUUUCUUUGGGAACUCUACCACCCCUGGUAAUUCCUGAUUCAUUGACUACUUUAUCCCAAUAUCUCAGUCAUCUGAGGCGUGAAUUUGAGGCCAUUGCCAGAGAUGGGGGAAGGGGUCAAACAGCUGCUACUCUUAGGACUGAAGAAAGUUCCAAUGCCUCAUCACAUACAGGGCCAAGGCAAGAGGGGCUCCCCUCACCUGCAUCGUUGGCAGAAGUCAUGCGUUCUACUCGACUACUACUCCUUGAACAAGUUGGAGAAUCCCUACUUCAAUUUGCAAGCCAACUGGAGAAUCAAGUGAAUGUGACUGAUCCAUCAGCAAGGUUCAGUGCCCAAUCUAGUGCGUCAAGAACUGGAGCUUUGUUUCACAACCUUGGUGCCUUUUUACUUGAACUUGGUCGUACAACCAUGACAUUGCAACUAGGUCAAACACCGUCUGACGCGGUGGUUAAUGCUGGACCUGCAGUUUUCAUAUCCCCAACUGGCCCUAAUCCGAUAAUGGUUCAGCCGCUUCCUUUUCAAUCAGGAAUGAGCUUUGGUGCCAUCCCCAUGGGAGCUGUGCAGCCUGGUUCUGGUCUUGUUAAUGGACUUGGUACUGGUUUUGUUCCAAGGCGUAUUGAUAUACAAAUACGAAGAGGUUCAUCAGCAACAACGCCCAAUGUCACUCGGGAGGAACAUGGGGAUACUCAGCAGCCUUCAGGGCAGAGAAACCCUGCAAGCUCUGCUGGUGAAAAUCCUACUAGUCAAGCUACUUCAAGGGUCUCAGAUGGUCCAGCUUUUGCUGGAGAUUCAACUGUACGGAUAGUGCCACUUAGGACCAUGGUUGCAGCAGUACCUGCACCCCUCAGUCGCCUACCAUCUGAUUCUUCUGGUAAUUCGAUAGGGUUAUACUAUCCAUUACUUGGAAGGCUUCAACAUGUAGCUUCUGGACAUGUGAGUGGUGAGCGAGGAACUCUAGCUUCUGGAGAUCAUCCUCCUGCCGGUCUCCAUGCUGAUCAGCAAUCUUUGGAAUCUGCAGUAGAACAGCAAAACGUUGGAGGUCCAGCAAGAGAGGGAUCAACUCCCAAUUUAAGGCAGGAGCCAUCUAUUGCACGGAGUGUCAGUGUCAACAUUUUAUCAGCUGGAGGAACCCAAAACAACCAAGAAUCUGAGAGACAGAUCCCAAGCGGCAUUUUACAGUUUAUAAGGAACCUCUUUCCUGGUGGUGAAAUUCACGUAGAAGAUGGCAGUGCAGAGGGAUUGACUACAGGUUCUGUAUCAGAUCAGGCAAGGACAUCGAGUGGUGUUGUGGGUGCACAAGAAGCCGAACCGAGGGUUACCGAUGAAGGACUAUUUUUUUCUAAUUUGCUUCAUCAAAUCAUGCCAUUCAUAUCUCAAGCAUCAGGGGGAGAGCCAGGUCUUGUACCUACAGCAGUGUCAAAUUCUUCUGAGCACAGAAUGGCCCAAGAUUCUUCCACCAGGGCUGAGAACUCCAAUGUUGGGACAUCCCGUCAGCGGAGUGAUUGCGAACCAAAUCCUCCUAGUUCAAAACGUCAAAAGAUGGAGUGA